AUGAAUAAUGCAGCUGUAGGUUCAUUAAUUUUGGCAUGUUGCUGUGUUGCACAAUGUUGGUGGCGUAAAACAAAAGAUAGAAGAAAGGAGAUAAAGCUUAGAAAGAAAUACUUCAAGGGUAAAUUAAAAGAACAAAAUUUCAAUCAAGAAGAAGCUGAGAAAACUAGACUCUUCACAGAAAAACAAUUAAAGGAUGCAACAGACAAUUUCGAUGAAGAUCGUACAAUUGGUAAAGGGGGGCAAGGCACGAUGUACAAAGGAAUGCUAAGCGAUGGAAAACUUGUUGCUGUUAAAAGAUCGAGUUCAUUGGAUGAAACUCAAUGGAAAGAGUUCAUAAAUGAGGUGAUAAUUCUUUCACAUGUCAACCACAGAAAUGUAGUAAAGUUGCUUGGAUGCUGCUUAGAAACAAAAACUCUACAUUUAGUGUACGAGUUUAUUCCCAAUGGCACUCUUUCGGAUCUCCUUCAUAGUCCUAACAAAGAGUUUCGAGUUACUUGGGAUAUUCGACUAAGAAUUGCAUCUGAAGUUGCCGGGGCUAUUGCUUAUCUACAUUCGUCGUCUUCAGCUCCUAUCUACCACAGAGACAUAAAAUCAAGUAAUAUACUUUUGGAUCAUAAGUAUGUGGCUAAGGUUUGUGAUUUUGGAAUUUCGAGAUCAACUAGUAUUGACCAGACUCACGUAACGACUUGUGUAAGAGGGACAUUUGGUUAUCUCGAUCCUGAAUAUUUCUUGUCAAACCAAUAUUCAGAAAAGAGUGAUGUUUAUAGUUUUGGUGUAGUUCUUGUUGAAAUUUUAACGGGACAAAAGCCAAUGCGUGUAACUUUAGAUGAUGCAACAAGUUUGGUGAUGCAAUUUAUAAAUUUAACUGAUGAUUCUGCUAUAUAUGAGAUGCUGGAUCCUAUAAUUUUAGCAAGUAACCAUAUGACUGACGACAUAAUGGUAGUUGUGAAUCUUGCAAAGCGUUGUCUGCACCCCGAAGGAGUUGGAAGGCCAACGAUGAUGCAAAUUGCCAUGGAACUAGCGUGUUUGAGCAAAAAGACACAUGUUAAAGUAGCUGCUUCAUCAGAAGAAAACAUAUCAGAUCCAAGUAAUGACUUCAUUUUUCCAGAAAACCACAUAGACGAAACGUAUUCCUUUUGAAUCCAUUCUGUUUCCUAUACUAACU